AGCAUCCUACGCGGCAGAAACGGCCGCCGGUGUUUCCACGUUGGUUUCUUGAAGAGGCCUGAAUAGGGGCGAGGAAAGACAAGAUGGCGGCGGUGCUGGUGGUCUCUUCACCGCUGGUUAAGAUCCGUGGCUUCCUUCGGAGCUGGUUGGGGUUUCUCGGGAGUCAGAGCCCUGCUUGGGCUCCUGCAUUGGCUGUACAGGGUCCAGCUUCCUUGCUUGAUCCUAUGGGAGAGAAAUCUGAAAGCAAUGAGACGCCAAGCUUUUUAGACAAUGUAUUUUGGAUGGCAGUUCCAAAGUCAAGGCGGACCAUCGAGGUGAAUCGCUGCAGGAGAAGGAAUCCUAGAAACCUUAUAAAAAUUAAGAGAAACAUCGAUCUCUGUCCCCAGUGCGGCAGUGUAAAACAGAAGCACGUUCUUUGUAGCCGUUGCUACGAGAAGGUGAAACUGGAGACGCAUGCCAUAAGGUUCGAAAUGCGGGCCCAGGAAGGAGGACCUCACAGGGCUCCUUACACUGAGUCUGUUGUUCUGUACGAAGGAGAGAAACCCACAGAGCAAGACGAAGGGAAGCGGAUCAUCGAACGAAACCGGAAACGCCCGUCUUGGUUCACUCUGGACUGACGAUUUAGCACUGGAUUCCCGGGUAACAAAUUGGAUUGGAUUCCCGGGUAACAAAUUACUUGGUCCUUCAGGAUGAAAAGAAUUGAAAGGAACAUAUCCUUAAAAUGUACUGAUUCUGAAAUAAGGACUAUCUUUAAAGGGUUUUUUUGAAAGAAAUCUGGUAUUGCAGUACAAUAGUGCUUUCGUUUUGUUUCUCCCAUUACAAUCUUAUUUUUAACAUUCAUGGUAUGAUAGUUGGAGAAAUGUAAGUGUGCCAAAAUAGCUAUUCUGAUGACGUGUCACAGUUCUAAACUGGGUAAUGCAAGUCAUUGUUUUGCAAAGUUAGAUUCUUGCAUUUUGCUUUCCUGCUUCACUGUACAUUCUAAAUAGCCCCUCGCAGGGGUGCAUAAGUAAAAAGCAUUUGAAAGUACAAUAAAGCAUUUCAGCUUUGUAAUGAG